AUGUCCCUUCCUCUUUCGGGCACCCGGAGCGCUGGGCUGGGCCUUCCUCAUCAUUCUCCGGAAUCAUCUCAUGCCCCGCUCAGUACGCUAAUAGACUCUACUCCGGGAGUGUACAAAGCAUGGAACACGUUCGCGCGCGAUUACGACCUGAACGCGACCGAGGUCGCGCAUGCUUCGCACGGUCGGAGGUUGGACGACACGCUCAAGGAGUGGUGCAAGAUCGACGACGAGGACAAGUUGCAGGCUGAGAUCGUACGAUUUGAGGACGAGGUGCUCGAAGGAGGACCGACCGUUCUCCCCGGAGUUCACGCCCUAUUGAAGCAAAUCCGUGACGGUGCUUCAGACCAAUCUCAUGGCUGGACAAUCGUAACUUCGGCCUCGAACAUCUACACGCCCAAAGCUCUUAGUCGAUGUGGUAUCGACUUGCCUCCCGCGGGCUUAGUCACCUCCAACGACGUGUCGGCUGGCAAACCGCAUCCGGACCCCUACCUCGCCGGCGCGAAGAAAUGCGGAGUCGAUCCGAAGAACUGUUUGGUGGUAGAAGAUGCCCCGUCCGGCUUGAAGGCCGGGCGGGCGGCCGGCGCGAAGACGCUAGCAGUGUGCACGUCCCAUACGCGGGAGUAUCUCGAAAAGUCGGAUGCGAAGCCGGACUACAUUGUCCAGGAUUUAACGAAAGUCAGCGUCAACUGGAAGGUUGGAAAGUUGGAGGUAACGAUCGACGAAUCAUAG